UCCACAGUUUCCUUAGCAACGCCUGCUGCCCAGUUAUACGGCAAAGGCUAGAGUGUUGAAUCCGUUUUAAAUUGAAAAGUUUUGGUCUUUCAUCGAAGCGAAAGCAAUGCGAACUAUUUUACUUUAAUAGUUGUGAAUGUGAACACGUCUACGUUGUCGAAUUUUCAAGAGGACUCAACACUUAAAGACGAUUCAACCCCAUUGUAGAUGGUUUGGUUUGAGAGGUCCAAGGAAGAGCAAAGAUGAGCAAGCCACAGGAGGCCCUCAUCCACUAUGAUGUACCACCUGAGAGCAUCUAAGCCUGAGAGGGACUGGGAGUCUGAGAGGGACUCCGGUUUCUCAGAUGCCAGCUCUGGGUACCAGAAUGUGAUGGACCAAACUGACUCAGAGGACAUGGUGAGGGCCCCAGGUCCCCAGGUGGCUGUAGCCGGAGGAUCCUACCCUGGCCCCUCCCCCAUGAUCGUCAUGAACAACAUAGUCCUGAAUCUGCCAAGCCCAAUGUCUCCAGUAGUAAAGCCCUGGGGCUUCCCUUCCUCCCUGGAGAUUCUCCCCCAGUCCCAGGUGGUCCUCCUCCAUCCCAUGGUCCCCAACGGCAGCAACAACAUCAGUAACAACAUCUCUCCAAAGCGUUCCUCAGACAAGCACCGGGACUCAAAGAAUAACUACCUGCCCAUACUGAAAUCUUAUCCCAAAAUCGCCCCUCACCCUGGGGAGAGCUCUUCCAGGAGGCAGGGGGCCUCUUCGGCUGAGAGGGGAAGUUCAACGCCUGGGUAUCAUGGGAGGCGUAACCGGUGGUAUCGUCACCAUGGCGACAAACUGUACAGCUCCCAUAGCCCCCAGCCAAGGCCUCUGACACCCCUCCAAACAGUGGCCACCUUAGAGGUUGUUGACAAACAAACACAGCUGGCCAGCUCUCAGAAGCUGCCAAUACCUCAGUUCCUAGGCAUGCCUCACUCCCUGGGCACUGAGGCCACUGCUGUAGUCUCCAAUAAAUGUGCACCUGUGUCGGAGGCGAGCAGUUGCCAAGGCGACAACGACCGCUGCCAAGACGGCCUGUCCACAGACAACAACAAAGGUAAACGCUUCAGCAACACCUACAACAUCCUCAGCAACUCUGGCCUGCUAGGCAUAACGCUACGCAUCAAGGAGCUGAUCAGGCAGAACCGGCGCACCCAGGGCCAUUUGAAGCAGCUGCAGGAGCAGACAGAUCUGUUUGUGGAGGCCCUGGGCAGUGGUGACCCCCUGGUCUGGACUAGGCUCCAGCUGACCCUGCAGCUAGACACAGACCCUGCCAGAGCUGAGGAGGGGCAGUGUCAGGCCAUGGAUCCACAGGUUAUCCUGGCAUAAGACACUAGCAGAAGGAGGUGCAUGGAUCAUAAGCACACCUGCUGUAAACCAGUACAAAUGGAGAAACGUGCUUAACCCUUGAACCCUUGCCUAUAAUCCGUGUUCUGUUUAAAUAGCAAGUACUGCUUGCAAUAGGGCUAUGGCUUCUAGAUUAAUACAUCUAUCAAUACAUGCAGGGAAUAGAUACGGAUAAAAUAAUACAAUGAAUUAAUCCGUACCUGGCCAGAACAGUAACUGCUUUAUUAUGGGGGAAACAUCACUUUAUGACAACGAUAAUCAUUUUUGGGACCAAAUUGUAAAGAUGAUUUAAGUACACCGGACAUUAGAGUUUUGUGUACAUUUAAAAAUUGCUUUAAAAACUUUAACCAAUAAAGGGAGAUUAGGAACAGCUCUAAGAAUAUUUCAUAGUUGAUCGUAUUUAGUCAGAGAAUAUUUUAGCUAGCCUAGCAAUAUGUCCUCUUCAGUAUUUGUCAGUACUAGACUAGCACAGCGCUCAACUGUAUAUUACUGAUUGUGAUUCUUUAGAGGGCUGUACAUAAAGCUUUUGUAUUAUUAUGAUGUCUUUUUUUUAGGUAUGUACCUAGUAUGUAUCUAGUGAAAUAUGGCCUUGUCCUUGAUGUUGCUAUUUCUUUUAAACCUGCCUUUGAAUUAGGACAACAUCAAUAACUGAAUAGAGUACAGUUAAACACCAUAGUUACAAUGCGUCUUUUAUUAAUGAAAGACCAAAAAAUUAAUGCCUGUUAAAUGCAGACAAUUAUAGCUACUGAAGUGACGGCACCCAUUCUUAUGUAUGUUAUUGAAAUACUGUCUUGCAUUAUACACUGAACAAAAAUAUAAACGCAACAUGUAAAGUGUUAGUCCCAUGUUUCAUGAGCUGAAAUAAAAGAUCUCAGAAAGGUUCCAUACGCAAAAAAGCUUCUUUCUCUCAAAAAAAAAGAUGUCCAGCCCUGUUAAUGAACAUUUCACCUUUGCCAAGAUAAUCCAUCCACCUGACAGGUGUGGCAUAUCAAGAAUCUGAUUAAACAGCAUGAUCAUUACACAGGUGCAACAUGUGCUGGGGACAAUAAGGCCACUCUAUAAUGUGCAGUUGCCACAGAUGUCUCAAGUAUUUUGAGGGAGUGUGCAAUUGGCAUGCAGACUGCAAGAAUGUCUACCUGAGCUUUUGCCAUAGAAUUUAAUGUUAAUUUCUCUACCAUAAGCCAACUCCAACAUUGUUUUAUAGAAUUUGGCAGUACAUCAAAUCGGCCUCACAAUGCAGACGACGUGUAUGGUGUUGUGUGGGCAAACGCUUUGCUGACGUCAACAUUGUGAUCAGAGUGCCCCAUGGUGGCGGUUGGGUUAUGGUAUGGGCAGGCAUAAGCUAUGGACAACAAACACAAUUGCAUUUUAUCGAUGGCAAUUUGAAUGCACAAAGAUACGUGAUGAGUUGCCGAGGUCCAAUGUCGUGCUAUUUAUCCUCCGCCAUCACCUCAUGUUUCAGCAUGAUAAUGCACGGCCCCAUUUCACAAGCAUCUGUCAACAAUUCCUGGAAGCUGAAAAUGUCCCAGUUCUUCCUUGGCCUGCAUUCUCACCAGACAUGUCACCCAUUGAGCAUGUUUGGUAUGCUCUGGAUCAACAUGUUUGACAACGUGUUCCAGUUCCUGCCAAUAUCCAGCAACUUUGCACAGCCAUUGAAGAGGAGUAGGACAACAUUCCACAGGCCACAAUCAAGAGCCUGAUCAACUCUAUGCGAAGGUGUGUCGCCAUGCAUGAGGCAAAUGGUGGUCACACCAGAUACGGACUGGUUUUCUGAUCCACGCCCCUACCAUUUUUUUAAAGGUAUCUGACCAACAGAUGCAUAUCUGUUUUCCCAGUCAUGUGAAAUCCAUAGAUUAAGGCCUAAAUAAUUUAUUUAAAUUGACUGAUUUCCUUAUAUGAACUGCAACUAUUUACAGUUCAUAUAAUUUACGUUGUUGCGUUAUUUUUGUUCAGUAUAGGUUGUACUACAUAUUACAUCAUAAUAUUUCAUUCAAUAUUUGAGUUGAGGAAAAACCCCAGUGGUUGCAGGCUAAAAACAAUGUUUUUAAUUCAGAUCUGAGGAGUCAGAUGGCUGAUGAAAAGUAGCAUUGUGUUGAUUGUUAUCUCUCUCGAACUGGAACUAGUCCUUCACAUGCUGUAUUGUACACACAGAAAGAACUGUUGAAAAUGUUUUAUAUUUGAAGUUAUUACUAGUCAGCUCAUUUGUAAUUUACUAGAAUCCCACUCUUUGUGCUAAAGUGUCUUCAGCUGAAGCAGUUCUUGUUUUAAAGGACUUUACUGGAACGUUCAUGUAGGGGAGUGGUAAAAAUAGCUUGGAAGUGAUCAUAUUUAUAUAUUUAAAUGCUAUUAGGAAUGAAUACUUAUUAUAAAUGUGUUUCCUAAACGCAAGUUACAUCAUUUCAUUUGAGUUUUUCUUUGUGUUUUGGCCAAUUAUUUGAUUGUGCCUAUAAAAUGCUCUUUGUUCUUCAACUUUAACAAGAGAAAGUACUGCCAAAUGUCAGUCAUACAUGUGUAUGUCCCGGGACUGACAAAAUACUGAAAUGUAGGCCUAAUGCUCUUCUGGUUUUGUCCAGUGUGAUUAGAAUAUUAGUUACAGUAGGUGCUCAGUAUUUUCUUGACUGUACAUCUAUUUACUAGAAUGUAGCAUUUGGUAAUAGACUUACAACUGUUGUAGGUACUGAUAAUUCAUUUAUAAAUGUUACAAUGGCUCUCAAAGGUUUAGGUAAGCUAGCCUUCUCAAACUAUUGGCUCUAGUAAUACAGUAACUAGCUUUGUGUUGUGUGUUCUUAGUGAUUUGGAGGUAUUGAUAUGUUAUCAAAAUUGGUAUGGCAAAAUACUGCGAUCAUCAGUACAAAAUAAAGUACAGGGAAAUUCUAGCUUUGGAGAAUAGCACAAAGACCAUUUUAACCAUCAUUUACUGAAGUGCACUUUUUUGUACUUUUUUAAAGAAAUAUUGUUUGCAUUGACAUGGUUGCUUAAUAAACAGUGGUUUUGAAAUGA